GAAAUGGUGAAGAAAUUUAAUGACUCGAAACCUUAAUAAACAUCUGAAUUAACAUUGUAAAAAAAGAAUUUUAAAGAAAUGCUCUCUUCAACUUAAAGUAAGUUAAAAUAAAUUUGGGAUGGAUUAGAAGAAUCAAUAAAACAGAUGUAUGAUUUGAUUGAGACGGAAGAUAAGUUCUAUUAGAAUUUCAUUAAAAACAAUGUGAGUCCAACAGAAUUGUCGAAUACUGAUUUAGAAAAAUUAGUGUCAAUUAUUAUUGGAAAAACAUUCGAUGAUAGGAAUGAUUAGAAAAAAUCUUAUUUGAAGCAGUUGGAAAUUACAAGGAAUUAUUGGAAAGAAACUUAGACUUUUUGUGAAAAGUUCAAUACAGAAUUGAAAGGGAUUAUGUCCUUCAUGAAAAAGAAGGUAAGUCAUUCAUAAGAAUACAUUCAAUUAUUGAAAGAAAUUAAGUAAGUCUAUAACAGAAAGGAAGAUUUCUAUUAGGUAUUGACAUAGACUAAGUAUUUUGAUGGAUCCUACCUUAAUGAGCUACUUUAGAUGCUGAGAAAUAAGAAAAUUACUAAUUGUUUAGAGUUCUUUAAAAAAUAAACUGAUUUGAAAUUUAUCACUUCGAUGAUUUAAAAUGUUAGCGAAAUAGACUUUAAUAAGAAGAAUUAUUCAACUGAGAACAAUGAUUAAAUUAGAAAGGGUUUAAUAAAAUAAAUAUCUUAUGAUUAGAACAUAAUUGAAUUUUUGAAAUUCCUAGUACUUCUUACAGCCAUUGACGAGAGAUUUAUCUAAAGCGGAUCGAACUCACUCAAUUUAUUAGUUGAAAUGAAAGUGGAUUUGAGAGAAUAAAGCUUUGAGAAUAUAAGGAUUAGAGAUACUUCUUUGGUUGGUGGAAAUUUUGUAAGAUGCAAUUUCAAUGGAUCAGAAUUUGAUAAUGUGGAUAUAAGUGGAAUGAACUUGAAUUAAGCUUAAUUGUUCAAUUGUAAAUGGAACAAUAUUAAAAUA